GUUUGGAACCCCAGUCUUCGUGCGGGCGCGCGCCCCGACUGUGUGUGACGCGCGCCGUGUGGGGGCCGGGUGAAAAGAAGAUGGCGACCGCGGUCAGCGCUAGUAGCGGCAGCAGUGACACUUCGAGCACCGGUGAGGAGGAGAGGAUGAAGCGCCUAUUUCAGACUUGUGAUGGGGAUGGUGACGGCUACAUCAGCAGAAAUGACUUGCUUAUGGUAUGUCGACAGCUAAACAUGGAGGAAUCAGUAGCAGAGAUUAUGCAUCAGUUGGGAGCAGAUGAGAAUGGGAAAAUCUCCUUUGAGGAUUUUGCACGCUGCCGUAUGCAGUUGGUAUCUGAAAUAAGGAAGGAAGAAGGUGAACUCUCUGUGAAGUCGCAUGAGUCUUGCAAGAAAAGAAAAUUACGUGAUCGCAUAGCUUCGUGGCCAACUAGUAGCGAUAACAGCCUUGGUGCAAUGUCAGGAGCCAGGGAGAGCUGGGAGUAUGAUUCUGGAGCUCGAGACCUUCAGAGUCCAGAACUACAUAAUAGUCAUCCAGUGCUUCAGAAACUAUUAGAAUGUGGAGCAGCUAGCCUGGAUCAGCAAGUCGCACUGCAAAAACUCUUGGCGCAGGCUUCAAGCCUAAGCCAUCCCAUGAGUGGCAGUUACUUGGAGCUAGCCAACACACUACAUUUAGCGGCCCUAGCAUCAUUAAAAACAGACAUAGUGGAUCUCAAUAAAAGACUCCAACAUACGGAACGGGAGAGGGACUUGUUAGAAAAGAAGUUGGCAAAAUCUCAGUGUGAACAGUCUCAUCUAAUGAGGGAGCAUGAAGAAACUCAGGAAAGGGCAACUCUGCGCUAUGAAGAACGUAUCACUGAGCUUCACAGUAUAAUUGCAGAAUUAAAUAAGAAAAUUGACAGGCUUCAGGGGACAAAUAUAAGAGAAGAUGAUGAGGGUUCAGAGCUGCGUUCGGAACUUAGCCACAGCCAACAGGAGGCAAAUGAUGAUGCUCGAAGUAUAGAUCAGGAUCAAACCUCUGCAUCUGUGCCUGAGAACCAGUCAAUGAUGGUCUCUGCGGACAUAGAUAACUGUAGUGACCUCAACUCGGAGCUCCAGAGGGUAUUGACUGGGCUUGAGAAUGUAGUCUGUGGAAGGAAGAAGAGCAGUUGCAGUCUUUCAGUGGCAGAAGUGGACAGACACAUUGAACAACUAACCACUGCCAGUGAGCACUGUGACCUAGCUAUAAAGACUGUCGAGGAGAUUGAGGGUGUACUGGGACGUGACUUCUAUCCAACCCUUUCUGAAGAGAGAUCUCGAUGGGAGAAGGAACUAGCCGCUCUUCGGGAAGAAAACGAAAGCCUCACGGCAAUGUUGUGUAGCAAAGAAGAUGACCUGAACAGGGCAAAGGCGACUAUGAAUGCUAUUCGUGAAGAAAGAGAUCGGCUGCGUAGGAGGGUUCGGGAGCUGCAGACACGUUUACAAAGCAUACAAGCAACUGGCCCAGCUAGUCCCAGUCGUUUGCCUGCAGCCAAUCGACCAGUCAAUCCCAGUACUGGUGAGCUGAGCACUAGCAGUAGCAGCAAUGAUAUCCCUGUUGCGAAGGUGGCUGAACGAGUAAAACUGUCAAAGACAAGGUCGGAAUCUUCCUGUUCAGAUCGUCCAGUUCUGGGUUCAGAGAUCAGCAAUAUUGGAGUGUCCAGCAGUGUAGCAGAACAUCUAGCCCAUUCUUUGCAAGACUGCUCGAAUAUCCAAGAAAUCUUUCAAACUCUGUACUCUCAUGGUUCAGCUAUUUCUGAAAGCAAGAUCCGUGAAUUUGAAGUGGAAACCGAAAGGUUAAACAGUCGAAUUGAACAUCUAAAAUCACAGAAUGAUCUUCUAACUAUAACGCUGGAAGAGUGCAAAAGCAAUGCUGAAAGAAUGAGUAUGCUAGUUGGUAAAUAUGAAUCCAAUAGCACGGCAUUAAGACUUGCACUGCAGUACAGUGAACAGUGCAUAGAAGCCUAUGAGUUACUGCUGGCACUGGCUGAAAGUGAACAAGGACUCAUUCUGGGACAGUUUAGAGCUGCGGGUGUUGGAUCUGUUGGUGAUCAAAAUGGUGAGGAAAACAUAACAAUGAUGUUAAAGAGAGCACAUGACUGCAGGAAGACAGCAGAGAAUGCUGCAAAAGCACUACUAAUGAAACUUGAUGGCAGCUGUGGUGGAGCAUGUACUGUAACAGGAUGUAGUAUUCAGCCCUGGGAAAGUCUAUCUUCUCAUAGCCACACCAGCACUACAAGUUCAACUGCUAGUAGCUGUGAUACAGAGUUUACAAAAGAAGAUGAGCAGAGGUUAAAGGAUUAUGUUCAGCAACUUAAGAAUGACAGAGCAGCAGUCAAGCUAACUAUGUUAGAGCUAGAAAGUAUUCAUAUUGAUCCGCUUAGCUAUGAUGUUAAACCCCGGGGAGAUAGCCAACGACUCGAUUUGGAGAAUGCAGUUCUAAUGCAGGAACUCAUGGCUAUGAAGGAGGAAAUGGCAGAACUUAAAGCUCAGCUUUAUCUGAUGGAGAAGGAGAAGAAAGCACUUGAACUGAAGCUGAGCACUCGAGAAGCCCAGGAACAAGCUUACUUAGUGCAUAUCGAACACCUAAAAUCAGAAGUAGAAGAACAAAAGGAACACCGUGUACAAUCUCUCAGCUCAACCAGCAGUGGAGGAAAGGAUAAACAAGUUAAAGAAUCCAGUGAUGGGGUGACUCAUCCUCUAACUGAACUCAGAACUCUCAAUGAUAACGAACUUGCAGUUGAGCUAACUAAUGCAUUAAAACGAGAGAAAAAAAUAAAAUCCCGUGUUCAAGAAUUGGUAACUGCUUUAGAACGAAUGACAAAAAGCAGUGAAGUGCGACAUCAGCAGUCUGCCGAAUUUGUUAAUGACCUCAAACGAGCAAACAGUAAUUUAGUGGCAGCCUAUGAGAAAGCGAAGAAGAAGCAUCAAAACAAAUUGAAAAAACUGGAAGCACAAAUGAUGGCAAUGGUGGAGAGGCAUGAGACGCAAGUAAGAAUGCUAAAACAGAGAAUUGCGUUGCUGGAGGAGGAAAACUCUAGACCUCAAACAAAUGAGACAUCACUCUAAGAAUAUAUGCUGAUGCUACUGAUGAUGUAAUUCAUCAGUUCUGCCACGUCGACUCAGAAGAUUUAAAACAUGAGACUAGGAAAUGUGAUAUAACAUCUUUCUUCUAAUCAGUAUGAACAUAUCUAGUUCUCGUGUGUGUAAAGCGCUGACUUAACAUUUCUUGAGAAACCAUGUAUAUAAUAAGAAUGAUAGAAGUGGCACUGGACCAAAUAUGGGCCACAGUAGCCCAUACCCAUUCCUAAGCAUAUUUACAUAUCUAAAGGUAGAUGCAUUUUUAAAUAUGGUCCAAAUACAGCAAAUUGACAUUUGGAAUUGUUUUACAAGUGGCUAUGUGUGACCAUUAUGUUGUAUCAAACAGGCACAAAAUUGUGCAGCAAAAAAUUUAGAGAUUAAUAGAUGCUGCUGGGAAAUACUAACUUUUCACCAUCGUUAAUGUUCUAUUGAAAUUCAUGAAAAUUCAUAUACGUUCUAUCAAACAUGUUAAACUAUUUUCAUAACACAUGAAGCUGCUGUACUACCAUUGUCAAGGUAAGUUUAGUGCAAAUUAAUUCUUAUGUUGAAGACUGGAAUUGUUAGGGUCGAAGUGAUGUGGGCUGUAGCAAGAUUUGUGACAGAAUCAGAUGCGAAGUCCAGCAAAGCCAAUCUCACUCCAUUUCUGUUUUGACAAGGAGUAUGGCUAGUUUCUUGCGAGGAAGCAAUGAGUUCCCAUUGAAGGGGAAUUGUUUCUUGUUAUGUGUAUUAUUAAUGGUACAGCUAGUUUCAUUAAUAUUUGGCUUCCUAGCUUACCAAAUGUGCCAAACAAGCUAGAUAUCAAGAAAUUUCAACAUGGAAAUGAACGUGGGUACCUGGCAAAUUCAGCUCGCCACUUGUUCCAAAGGAGGAGCGAAAUGUUGGGUAGCUCACCACCUGUUUUGACUCUAACUUAUUAUGGGCUGAUUUCCUCCUGGAAUGAGAGAGAGGUUGGUAUUAAAGGGGAUAAAAAUGGGUGACACAGCUGCUACUUUUGGUACAGAUAGGAAGAUAUCCCAAGUGAGCGAUUAGCAGCAUCGAAGGCAUGCUGGGUUAGUGUUGUCAAGGUUUGGGGUGGGUGUCAGCAAGUGAGGGAAGAUUUUGCAGCCAUUAGUGAGAGUGGUAGAGAUGAGCCUUAGUGGGAGAUGAUUGCAGUCAUCAAAAUAAUGUGUGUGACGUUGCAAAGAGAAAAUGGUGACAAUUACACUGGUGUGGUGGAGAAGGUCAUUUACCUCCUUUUUACAUUACUGUGAAUUCCUCCAGAUGGUUGAGCCUGCUUUAACCCAGCAACCUUGCAUCUUGCUGGCAUGGUCUGGCAUUAUGGCCAUAAACGCUAGUCCUUGGGAAAGAGGGAAAUGUGUAUGCACCACCCUACCAGCAGGACUUCCACAUCCUUGCCCAUAAAGUAGAAUUCCAAUUUCCACACCCAUUUGCCAUGUCCAGGACAAAUCAGGAACUCUGUUGUGUAGCUCUGAACUGACAGUACAGGCAGUUUUUCCAGGCACAAGGUUUGUCAGCGAAUUCUGGAAUAUAUGCUGACUGGCAGGUUUUUCUGGUCACAGCAUGUGGUGGCUUGGGUCUGGAACCAGAUGUAAUGGAUGCCAUAAAGGUGGUAGUUAAUGUAAUUUUAAGAUGUGGUCAUAAAACUCUCGCUUGGUCUCAUGGUGAAAAGCCCUUCAAUAACUUGAUGCAACUCAGACAUGGACAAAAAAACCGAAGAUUCAGCCCAAGGUGUUUCAUGUACCACUGUAGAAUCAGGGAACAAAUAACUGCAAAAAUGUCUCUGAUCUCUUUGGACUAAGUUUAUAUUUUAUUAAUCAAUUUUUUUUUGGAAGACUAAAGUAUUGUAUCCCAUCCACCAUUUAAUAUUAACCGGUCCAUAUUAUGUGCUUACAGAAUGGGGCUACUUUGUGGUUAAAAAUGAGGUAUAGGUAAAUACUCCUUGGUAUUUUUCAUUACUUUGUUUAAGAGACAAAUGUAAUUGUUCAUAACACUUCAAUUAAUCAUUUUACCAGAACAGUACCAGUUACCAUAGCAGGUGCUAUUGGGUUUGGAUAUUUAUUUUGUUUCGAACCAAAAUAAUUUGAUAUUGUUGAACAUCAGUCAAUUAGGAGCUGAUCACAUUGGUUUAAUUAAUAGAAAGUUUUUAAAUUAUUGAUUUAAUUUACUAAUUCUGCAUAUUAUGGCUAAAUAAUCACAGAAGUGGAAAAACCAAGGGUACUGUUGUUUGUAUGGGAAAAUUGAGUGUGCAUCCACAUAGCCCUUCUUUCCAUCAUUUUCUCUUGACAAUAGCUCUCUGAAAAUUGCAAAUCAUUUUCACUUUUUGAUAAGUGGAUCAGUCAAACUGUAUAUUUACAAGUAUUUUUAAGGUAUAUUUGGAGAACUUGCAUCUUAUUGCCUGAUCUUGCAUGAGUUAGAGCUCCAGAAAUUAAAACUUGCACUCUGAUUUGGGAGCUUUAAAUUCAACUCAUAUUUCAGGUAUUUAUUUCUGAAAUUACAUACUUUUGUUUAGUUCCAGAGGCUAAUAUCGCAAAAGAUUUUGAUGAGUCCAUCGCACGUUUUGGCAUUGCUACUUUCUGCAGGUUUCUAUUACUUCCAUUAAUUGGAAACCUAUUAUUUGUGAAUUGACAUGCAGUAGUUCAAGAAGGAAGCUCAGUACCAUCACUCCUCUCAGGGGCAACAAGACUGGGUAAUUAAUGCUGGCCAGAUGCAGUCAUAGUUUCACAUAGGCAAUGAUUAUACAAAUUACAAAUGAUUGAGGAAAAUCACUUAGUUGGAUUUAUUGUUUAAACUAAAUUCACCCGCAUUGGAAUGUCUCUUCAGUGGACUCUUCUUAUUUUAAUAUCUUUGAGAAACUGAUAACCACAUACAAUCUUUCCAUCAAUCAGGAUAUUGGAGAUGAUCAAACAAAAUAAAGCCAUAAUUAUCUAAGAUAACAAGAUAUAGAGCUGGAUGAACACAGCAGGCCAAGCAGCAUCA